UCUCCGGGGCCGCCGCCGCCGCCGCGCUUUGUGCAGCAGGCGGGCCCCCGCGCGGCAGGGCCCUGGACCGGCGAGGCCCCCGGGGAUGGUGAGCAAGGCGCUGCUGCGCCUCGUGUCUGCCGUCAGCCGCAGGAGGAUGAAGCUGCUGCUGAGCGUCGCGCUGCUCGCCUACGUCGCCUCCGUUUGGGGCAACUUCGUUAAUAUGAGCUUUCUUCUCAACAGGUCUAUCCAGGAACAUGAUGAACUGAAAAUUGAAAGCAAGAUUGAAGAGAUGGUUGAACCACUAAGAGAGAAAAUCAGAGAUUUAGAAAAAAGCCUCACCCAGAAAUACCCGCCAGUAAAAUUUUUAUCAGAAAAGGACCGUAAAAGAAUUUUGAUAACUGGAGGAGCGGGGUUCGUAGGUUCCCAUCUCACUGACAAGCUCAUGAUGGACGGCCAUGAGGUGACCGUGGUGGACAACUUCUUCACGGGCAGGAAGAGAAAUGUGGAGCACUGGAUCGGCCAUGAGAACUUCGAGCUCAUCAACCAUGAUGUGGUGGAGCCCCUGUACAUUGAAGUUGACCAGAUAUACCACCUGGCCUCUCCAGCCUCCCCUCCAAACUACAUGUACAACCCCAUCAAGACGCUGAAGACCAACACGAUCGGGACGUUGAACAUGCUGGGCCUGGCCAAGCGAGUCGGCGCACGUCUGCUCCUGGCCUCCACCUCGGAGGUGUAUGGAGAUCCCGAAGUCCACCCUCAGAGUGAGAGUUACUGGGGCCACGUGAAUCCGGUGGGACCCCGCGCCUGCUACGAUGAAGGCAAGCGUGUUGCAGAGACCAUGUGCUAUGCCUACAUGAAGCAGGAAGGCGUUGAAGUUCGGGUGGCGAGGAUCUUCAAUACCUUUGGGCCGCGCAUGCACAUGAACGACGGGCGAGUUGUCAGCAACUUCAUCCUGCAGGCGCUGCAGGGCGAGCCGCUCACGGUGUACGGAUCCGGGUCGCAGACAAGGGCCUUCCAGUAUGUCAGUGACCUCGUGAAUGGCCUUGUGGCUCUCAUGAACAGCAACGUCAGCAGCCCGGUCAACCUGGGGAACCCAGAAGAGCACACCAUCCUAGAAUUUGCUCAGUUAAUUAAAACCCUUGUUGGUAGUGGAAGUGAAAUUCAGUUUCUCUCCGAAGCUCAGGAUGAUCCACAGAAAAGAAAACCAGACAUCAAAAAGGCGAAGCUGAUGCUGGGCUGGGAGCCUGUGGUCCCGCUGGAAGAAGGUCUAAACAAAGCAAUUCACUACUUCCGGAAAGAACUCGAGUACCAGGCGAACAAUCAGUACAUCCCCAAACCAAAGCCCGCGAGAAUAAAGAAAGGACGGACGCGCCAUAACUGAGACCUCACCUCCUGUUCACACUUGAUGGGAUGUAUUUUUUUUUCUUUCUUCUUUUUUUUUAAAGAAAGACUUAAACAGGUGUCAUGAAGAACAAACUGGAAUUUCAUUCUGAAGCUUGCUUUAAAGAAAUGGAUGUGCCUAAAAACUCCCCUCAAAAAACUGCAGAUUUUGCCUUGCACUUUUUAAAUCUGUCUUUUUAUGUAAAAUAGCAUAGAUGCAUCUCUGCAUAUUUUCGAGUUUUUUAUCUUGCUGUGAGAGCAUACGUCGUGACUGUCGUUGACAGUUUUAUUUACUGGUUUCUUUGUGAAGCUGAAAAGGAACAUUAAAUGGGGUGAAAAAUGCCGAUUUUAUUUAUAAAAGUGGGUACUUAUAAAGGAGACGUUAUACUAUGCAUAAAGGAAAACAGCAAAACAGAACCCAGCAGGAUUGUCAGGUGGGUGGGGUGCCGGCAUUUAUCCUUUGGGCGGAUAAAAGAAUUCUGUUUGAGAGCUUUAUGUUUCUUUUAAUUCAGAAUUUUUCCAAGGUCUAGUUUUUAGUUGCAAACUUGACUUUGAAGUAUUUCUGUUGGUUAUCAUGAUCAAGGAUAUUUGAAAUCACUACUGUGUUGUGCUGCGUAUUCCGGGUUGGGAGGGAGACAAAGUUAACGUAUUCUUGGUUAACAGUGGUUAAAUAUGCUAUUUUAAUAAAAUAUUGAAACUCA